UACUCUCUUUAUUUUUGGUUUUGUGGUUGCAAAAAGGGGAGAAUUUUUGGAACUCCAAUUCACCCCCCCUCUUGGAGUGCAUUGAGUCAACAAUUGCUAUCAAAGCAAGGGCUCCAAUUUGAAGGUUUAACCACUUAGGAGUUGAUCGGGGAUGGCUCAAUUUCAAUCUUCUCAACCACUUGAAAGUUUGUCUACCACUAAGCCUCCUUUCUUUGAUGGUACUAAUUAUAAUUAUUGGAAGAAUAGGAUGAAGGUCUUCAUGCUUGUAAAUGUGCCCAAGGCAUGGAUUGUGACUAUGAAAGGUCCAUAUGUGCCUAUGAAAGUAGUUGGGGAAAGUGAGGUGCCAAAGGAAGAAGUUGAAUGGAAUAAUGAAGACUUGGUGAAGAUCAUGAUCAAUAACAAAGCAAUCAAUAUGCUUCAAUGGGCUCUCAAUCCAACGGAAUUCCAUAGAGUAUCCGGAUGUGAUACGGCCAAGGAGAUGUGGGACAUAUUGGAGGUAACACAUGAAGGAACAAGCCAAGUGAAGGAGUCAAAAAUCAAUAGACUCAUUUACAUGUAUGAGCUUUUCAAGAUGAAACCGGAGGAGAGCAUUCAAGAUAUAGAGCCGGCUGCAGAUUUUGUUGAGCCAGCUCUACAAGCCAGAAAUUCAACUGCUGUUUUGGCGCACGCGAAAAAUGGAAGCAGAGCCGGCUCCAACUUUGCAGCCAGCUGUGAUGGUGCAUUUAAUGCACAACGGAUGCGAGGAAAUACUAGGUUGAAUAAAUAUUAUGGUGGGGUUUUAGUGAGGUCCCCUGUGGUUGAUUAUGUUGGAGGUAGCUUAAUUAAAGAUGAUGAAGUAGACCCUAACUUCCUCUGUUAUAAGGAUAUUGUUGAUGAAAUAAAUAAAGUUUGCUCAUAUGGUAUAGAGAGUAUGUUUUAUUCACUCCCAAACCAACCAAGUUCAAAUGUUUUAAUGCCUUUAAACAAUGAUAGUGAUAUUCUGAAGAUGGCUAAGCUGUUGAUUGCUCAUGGAACAAUGAAUGUAUUUGUUGUGCAUUGUGGCAAUUCAAAAAUUUCAAAUCAGUGCAUUAAUGAGUUUAGUGAUGAUGAAAAUGAUGAUCUUGAAUUUGAUAAUGAAGAAGAUGUAGUCCUUUUUGAUGUUGGUGUCAUUAAUGAUAAUGAUGAUCCUGAGUUCUUGGGAGCAAUUAACAACUCUCAAGGUAAUUUAUCAGUUUCUGCACAGCCUAUUUCUAAAAGUCAAAUAUUUGUUACAGUUGAAUCUGAUGCACCAAAUGUUGUCAAUAAUCCAAGUGUUGGAAAAAGGGGUCUAGGAAAUAGGGGGAAAAACCGAGCAAAAACAAAGAGGAAAAGGCUUAGUCAAUUAAAUCUUCCUGAAAACUUAGUAGAAAAUAGUGUUCCUUAUGAUCCCUUAGUUGAUAGCCAAACUUUGACGGUUGGAGGUGGGGACUCAGAUUAUAUUGAUAGUGAUGAUCCUAGAGAAUAUAAUUCAAACAAUUCUGAAGAUGAAUUUUCUGUUGAAGAAUAUGCAGUUAUAAGGAGAACAACUUGCCCAAUUUAUGUUAAAGGGAAAAUAACAGAUAUUCCAAUGUUUGAGGUUGGUAUGAAGUUUACUAACUAUGAUGAGUUUAAAGAAGCCAUAAGGACGUAUGUUGUCUUGAAGGGUUAUGUUCUUGAAUGGUUGAAGAAUGAUGCAACCUCUCAAAGGACUCACAAUUGUAUCAAGAAACAAGAGAAUCCUAUGGCUAAUGCAGUGUGGCUUGCUAGGUAUUUGAAACCUAAAAUAGACUCCAAUCCAAUGAUUAAAUUGAGGCAAUUGAAGGAUGCAGGCAAGGAGGAGCUAAAUUUGGUUGUUCAAACUACUAUGAUGAAGAGGGCAAAAUCAAUAGUUCUCAAUGAGUUGGAAGGGAACUACAAGGAAGAGUAUGCAUGUUUAAUGGGGUACAAAGCUGCCUUAUUGCUUAGAAAGGAUUUAAAUCUUGGACUUGGUGAGGGAUUAGUUGUGAUGUCUGACCAACAUAAGGCCAUUAUAUCUUCUGUGCAUGCUUUACUUCCAGAGGCUAAGCACAAAUUUUGUGUUAGACACUUGUACACCAAUUGGUCAAAGCAGCAUAAAGGAGAAGAAGAAAAAAGAAUGUUUUGGGCAUGUGCCAAAUCAACCUACAUGGAGCAAUUUGAGAAGAAUUUCCAGAAACUUGCUAAAAAAUGCCCUGAAGGAUUUAAUGACAUUUCUCGUUUGACAGGUAAUUUUUGGGUGAAGGCUUUCUUUGAAACUGAUUGUAAGAGUGACAUGGUUGAUAAUAAUUUGUCUGAGGUGUUUAAUGCAUGGAUUUUAGAAGUUAGGGACAUUGCACCUAGAAUUAGAUCAAUUUUGGAAGAAAAUAUUGAGGAAGGGUGCACCUGGAAGGCUCAAGGGAAUGGGACUGAGAAGUAUGAAGUUUCAAAGGGUGAUUUCAGAUUUAUUGUGAACAUGAGUAGGAAGGAAUGUACUUGUAGGGGGUGGAAUCUUACGGGUAUACCAUGUUGUCAUGCCAUUUGUGUGAUGUACUCAUGUAAUGUUAACAUUGAAGAUGGGGUUGCACAUUGGUAUAGAAAGUAUACAUACCUACAAGCAUACAAAUUCUCAGUUGAUUGUAUAGAAGGAUUAGAGACUUGGAAGCUACAUAAAGGUUUGAAGCUGGAUCCACCACCAUUCAAGAAGGACAAAGGCAGACCCAAAGUGCAAAGGAGAAAACUAGCACAUGAGACAGCAAAAGUUACAAGAGGAGAUGAGGAAAAGCUUUCUAAAAAAGGUGUGCAAAUGACUUGCUCUUGGUGUGGGUUUCAAGGGCAUAACAAGAGAUGAUGCCCACGGAAAGAUGAUCCAACCUUCAAGAGAGAUGUUCCUGAGGUUAACUUUUUUUAUUUUAACUGCUUUAUGUUUUUAUUUGCUUGUUUUUUCAAAGUCUAACUGGAUAUGUUAAUUUUAAUUGUACAGAAACCUCUAAAGAUUAAACAGAAAUCAAAGGC